UCAUUCCGAAUACAAACCAACCAACGAUAGCAGCCUUUGCGGCGGGCUAUCCCCGAGCACAACCUUUUUCAUGGUAUAAAAGCGUGGAUAUUUCUCUAAAACAACCCAAGCCCACUCCUUCCUGACAUCUCUCAAUGAACUUUGUCACUGCUCUUCCACUCAUUGCCCAGCUCAUCGGGACAACUCUAGCUGCGAUUGGGCCUGUGACCGAUCUGCACGUCGUCAAUAAAUUCAUUCAGCCCGAUGGAUUCAAUCGGUCUUACAUUCUUGCUGAAGGCGUUUUUCCUGGCCCUCUGAUCUCGGGAAACAAGGGCGACAACUUUCAAAUCAAUGUGAUCAAUGAGCUCACUAACGAUACCAUGCUCUUAAGCACGUCCAUUCAUUGGCACGGCCUCUUUCAAGAGGGAACUAACUGGGCGGACGGGCCUGCGUUCAUCAACCAAUGUCCCAUUGCCGCUGGAAAUUCUUUCCUGUAUAACUUCAAUGUUCCCGACCAAGCUGGGACCUUCUGGUACCACAGUCACUUAGCUACUCAGUAUUGCGAUGGUCUCCGAGGACCACUCGUUGUAUAUGAUCCGCAAGAUCCUUAUCUUUCCCUCUAUGAUGUCGACGACGAUUCCACGGUCAUCACUCUUUCGGACUUAUACCAUGUUCCUGCACCUCUCAUCGUGGGUGCCGCAACCUCAGAUGCGACGCUUAUCAAUGGCCUAGGGCGUUACACAAAUGGCCCAGCCACUGCACCAUUGGCCGUGAUUAGUGUAACUUUAGUUGACGGUGUCAGCCAUGACCCUGUUGUAGCAGACUCGAUUCAAAUCUUUGCUUCUCAACGUUAUUCCUUUGUUCUCAAUGCCAAUCAGAUCGUAGGCAAUUAUUGGAUACGAGCUAAUCCUAGCGUUGGCACAACCGGCUUUACUGGGGGAAUUAACAGUGCUAUUCUUCGCUAUGUCGGCGCUCCUGUCGCCGACCCCGUCACUGUUAGCACCUCGAUCAACCCUUUACUCGAAACCAGUCUCCAUCCUCUUGUGAGCCCCGGAGCACCUGGUUCCGCCACUCUCAGCGGUGUGGACGUCGACCUCCGUCUAGUCCUAGGAUUUAAUGCCGGCUCCUUUCUGGUCAAUGGAGUGAAGUUCGUGCCCCCCACCGUUCCUGUAUUACUUCAAAUCCUUAGCGGGGCCACAACAGCAGCCUCUCUUCUUCCUGCUGGCUCCGUUUACACUUUACCUCUGAACUCAACGAUACAAUUGAGUUUCGAUGCAUCCGCUGUUGCUGCAAUUGGAGGACCGCAUCCUUUCCAUCUUCACGGGCACAAUUUUGACGUCGUCCGACCUGCUGGAAGUACCACGUACAACUAUGCAAACCCUAUUCGCAGGGACACCGUCUCGACUGGUGCCGCGACAGAUAAUGUCACCAUCCGUUUCACUACCAACAAUGCUGGCCCCUGGUUCCUACAUUGUCAUAUUGACUGGCAUCUGGAGGCUGGAUUUGCUAUCGUGCUCGCUGAGGAUGCACCUGGUGUUGCUUCCGCUAAUCCGACAACUGAUGCUUGGAAUGACCUCUGUCCCAUUUACGAUGCUUUGACUUCUGCUGAGCUUGGAGGCGGAGGCGGCCCGACGUCAUAAAUAGCGAUAGAAGCGAGCAACCUGCCAGACAGACCAGUUGUGAUUAUUUUUAUUCUUGGUAAAUUUUUUUGGAUUGGUGCGACCUCUUUUAUUUAUGUGUGUAAUAUUAAACGAUGAUAUGGAUACGUGACCGUUGUUUGCAAUAUUCAGAAUGUUUCGAUGUACUGGCUGUAGAUUUCACCUUGCUUGCAAUGGUCAUU